UUCGAGCCAAAAAGUCAAAAUCCCAACAAAGGAAAAGAAAAAGAAAAGAAGAAGGAAACCACCUCCUUCCUCUCCUCCUCCACUGAUCCAGAAGUUCUUCAACACUUUGGUUUGAGAUUCGUACAAAAGCAUUUCUUUUCUCUCUUUUCCAUUGCAAACCACUGCGUUUCAAGUGAGCACAGGAGGUAGGGCAGAUAUGUCGGACAGUGAAUCGGGCGAUUUAGAACAGAAUGAGAAUGAGCCGUCGGUUCGGGAAUUUUGGGCGAAUGGGGUUUGCAUGCAGACAAGUGAUGUUGAAGCAAAGCUUGACGAGGGUAACAUUCAGGAGGCUGAAUCUGCCUUGCGCGAUGGAUUAUCUCUGAAUUUUGAGGAAGCACGAGCUCUUCUUGGAAGGCUGGAGUAUCAAAGGGGAAAUGUGGAAGGUGCGCUCCGUGUGUUUGAUGGUAUUGAUCUUCAUGCUGCUGUACAGCGAAUGCAACCUUCUACGACCGAGAAACCACCUGUUAAAAAGGGAAAGACGCGGAGUGAUUCAGGAUCAGUUGUUCCACAGCAUGCUGCAAGUCUGUUGCUUGAGGCCAUAUAUUUGAAGGCCAAGUCUCUCCAAAAGCUUGGAAAAUUAACUGAGGCUGCUAAUGAGUGUCAAAGCAUACUGGACGCUGUGGAGAAAAUAUUCCUUAAUGGUUUACCUGACAUGUCAGUAGAGAAUAAGCUGCAAGAAACAGUAAGUCAUGCUGUUGAGCUCCUUCCAGAGGUAUGGAAACAAGCUGGUAACUACUCUGAGGCAAUGUCUGCUUAUAGACGUGCGCUCUUAAGUCAAUGGAGUCUUGAUAAUGAAUGUUGUGCGAGAAUUCAGAAAGCAUUUGCUGUGUUUUUGCUAUACAGUGGAGUUGAGGCUGGUCCACCCAGUUUAUUUGUUCAAAUUGAUGGUUCUUAUGUACCUCGAAACAAUCUGGAAGAGGCAAUUCUGCUUUUGAUGAUCCUCAUGAGAAAAUUUUACCUUGGUAAGGCAACUUGGGAUCCUUCAGUAUUAGAACACCUUACUUUCGCUCUAUCUGUAUGCUGCCAAACUGGUGUUUUGGCAAAGCAACUUGAAGAAAUCAUGCCUGGAAUCCUUAAUCGUAUUGAACGGUGGAAAGUUUUGGGACUUUGCUAUAGUGGAGCAGGCCAAAGCUCAACUGCUUUAAAUCUAUUGAGGAAAUCACUACUUCAAAAUGAAGACCCUGAUGAUAUCAUGUCAUUAUUGUUGGCUGCUAAACUUUGUAGUGAGGACGUACUUAUUGCUUACGAGGGUGUGAAAUAUGCACAGAGGGCUGUAGUUAAUGCUCAAGGCUCAAAUGCGCAUCUAAAAGGUAUUGGUCUUUGCAUGUUAGGCCGUUGCUUGGGGAAUCAAGCCAAAAUUUCUCCGUCGGAUUCUGAGAGAUCUCGUCUUCAGUCUGAAGCUCUCAAAUCAUUAGAAGCUGCAAUAGCCGUAGAACAGGAAAAUACGGAUCUAAUAUUUGAGCUUGGAGUUCAAUACGCAGAGCACCGCAAUCUGAAUGCUGCUUUGCGCUAUGCAAAGCUGUAUCUCGAUGCAACGGGAGGAUCUGUAAUAAAAGGUUGGAGAUUUCUUGCUUUGGUUCUUUCUGCACAACAACGGUUUUCCGAGGCUGAAGUGGUGACUGACGCCGCUUUAGAUGAGACUGCGAAAUGGGAUCAAGGACCACUGCUCAGAUUGAAAGCGAAGCUGAAAACAUCUCAGUCACAGCAUACAAAUGCCAUUGAAACUUACCGUUCACUUCUCGCACUAGUCCAAGCACAAAAGAAGUCUUAUGGACCUCCUCUACGAAGUGCACCUCUGCUACAGUUCGAGGAUGCUAAGGUGAAUGAAUACGAGGUUUGGCAUGGUCUGGCAAAUCUAUACUCUAGCCUCUCACGCUGGCAGGAUGCAGAGAUAUGCUUGGGAAAAGCUAGAGCUCUUGUUGAGUAUUCGCCAGACACUCUGCACAUAGAAGGUGUAAUGCACGAAAGGCGGGGAGAAUUCGGCAAAGCAAUGGCUGCAUACGUCAACGCUCUUUUAUUAGAACCAAAUUAUGUGCCUUGCAAGAUCCUGCUUUGCACUUUGGUGAAUAAGAUGGGCCCGAAGAUGCAGCCAGUAGCGAGAACAUUACUCUCGGACGCACUGAGACUCGACCCUACUAAUCGUAUGGCUUGGCACUUCAUGGGUUGCGUUCACCGGAAUGAUGGCCGGAUAGCCGAUGCUGCCGACUGUUUCCAGGCAGCUUCGAUGCUCGAGGAGUCGGAUCCCAUUGAGAACUUCAGUUCCGUCCUUUGAACUCCCCAAAGGAUCAAAUGUUCAUUCUUUCAUUCUUUAUUUUUCCAGCCUUUUGUUAAAAAAAGAUUUAUCAUUCUUAGAGAGCUUAGCUCCAGUAGGACUUUUAGGGGAUAUUGUUUCAUCCUGUAUUUUCUAAGUGUUUUUAAGUCUAGUCAUCUGAUGUGCACUAUGGACAGAAUAAACGCAGCUGAGCAUCCCGUCAAAGCAGAAAAGUUAUACUACUUUGUCUCAGAUGCUUGUGUAGAAUAUUCUACCGUGUUGACUCCUCCAGUUUCCACUUGAUCAAAAGCAAAAUAAUUAUGAUUC